AUGCUUCUAGCGAUGAAGAAGAAGCCGAAGAAGCCAAGGAAGAUCUCGGAUUCGACGAUCCUUUCUUCGCAACAGAUGAAGCCACGAAAUCGAAGGCAGCUAAAAUCAUUGCGAAAAGAAGAACGCAAGAAGAAACACGAGGCCAAACUUAAGGAAGCCGAAGAAAAAGCUUCUAAUCGUGCAGAGUUGGAAUUACUUAUGCAAGAUAAUUCAACGGAUAAAGUGGAACAUCUGGAUCAUUUCGAUAUCGCAGAGAUUCAACGGGCGGAGAAAGCAAAAAAGAAGAAGGGUAAGAAGGGAAAGAAAGGGGAGGCAGAAAGUAAAAGGGGUGGUUUACAAGAAAAUUUCCAAAUGGAUGUCGGUGAUGAGAGAUUCGGAGAUGUGUUCAAAAAUCAUGAGUAUGCUAUUGAUCCUAGUAAUCCAAAGUUUAAGGGCACGGAAGGUAUGAAGAAAUUGUUAGAAGAAGGAAGGAGAAAGAGGGGUGGAGAAAAUGAUGGCGAGAUUGAAAUUAAGACGAAGAAUAAAAAGAGGAAGGUUGAGGGGGAGAAGGAAGAUAAGGCUGAUCUUAGUAGUUUGGUGGAAAAAGUUAGGAAGAAGUCAAAGGUUGGGAAAUAA